CCAUCCGGACUAAUCAGAUGCGGAGGUGAUGGCCAACCUCCGCGAGGGGCGCCCGCGUCAUUGCUCUAUCAGCUUGCCAACAGCAAUUGUGUCGCAAUCGUUGGAGUUUCCACCACCUAUUCGCGCAUUAUGGAUCAAACAAGCCUCCCCCCAAGUUUACCUCCAAAACCUCCAGCUCCAGCUUCACGCGACGAUGUCGAAGAAGAGGCUGCGCCCCCUCGAAAACGCCCACGUACCCAUGCCACAACGCGACCAGCUCCUCCUCCGUCUUCAAUGCCUUCCGAACCUGCACUUCCGCAUGCUGAUGCUGCUCCUCCUCCCCAAUCCGAAGAAACUCCUACCCCCAGUUACACUCCUGCUUCUGAACAAGUCCACCGCUUUCCCAUCCAGCCCUUGAACCGCUUCCAAGGUCCUUGCGCGAGCAUAAAGCGUCCCCGAGAAGUCGCCCACUUCAGUUACGACGAGAAACAUGAAUACCGAGAUGACGAUUCAUCAAUCUCCUAUUAUCACCCUCCCGACAUCGGCGCCGAUCUCAAAGAAGGUUUCCAAGACUUCAACCACUACGAAGAUACAACCGAUCCGCAUCUCGACAGCCUUCUCAGAGCGCUGAUGCGCAAAGAAAAGAAGGAUGGGAAAAAGGAAGUUGUAGAUUUCGUGACGUGGCGGGGCAUGAUGACCAAGAUCAUGACUGCGCCCUCUGACAUGUUUGCGGAAUUUUCCAUGUUUGCGACCUCGCGCGACGGAACCAUUUACAUUGAGGAAGACUUUCCGGGGAGGGCGGCGCAGAGGGCUGCAGAGGCAUCGCGGCCACCACCUAGAUUUCAAUCUCCGAAUCAACCCGAUCAUAAGAUGAUGACGUAUUGGGGAUAUAAGUUCGAAGUUCUCUCUCUAUUGCCCACGCCACCCCCAGACACGCCCGAAACCAUCAUUCGAAAUAGACCGAAAGCGCCCGUGUCUAACCACGCGCAACACUGCUCCAUCAUCCGCACUGCGUUUGGACCGCACAGUCUUUUGCUCGGCGGCGAGGUUGACGGCCUAUCUGGUCCCAAACCCCCACCCGAGUCCGACCAUCCUAUACCCUGGAUUGAGCUCAAAACCGCCGAAGAGUUACCUCCUCGUCCUGCUCACCGCGACAUACUCAAGUUCGAACGCAAGCUCUUGAAGUUUUGGGCGCAGAGCUUCCUCCUCGGCGUGCCGAAGGUCAUUGUGGGAUACCGGAGCAAGCAAGGGAUUUUGACGGGCGUACAACAACUAGAGACGGGGCGACUCCCUGGGAUGGUGAGGAGAGGGACAAACUGCUGGGAUGGAAAUCUUUGCAUCAAUUUCGCUGCCGCCUUCUUGGCUCACCUGAAGACCAUCGUCAAAGGCGAUGGGGUUUAUAGGAUUGAGUUAAAGAAGAAAGCUGGGGUGAUUGAGGUACAGGAGGUUGUUAGGAAGGACUGUGGAGAUAUCGUGAGCAAGGAUUUCACGGAAUGGCGGCAGGAGCUGAGUGGCAAGGACGCCCAGGCAACGGAGGGAGCGUAA